AUGAAGUCAAUUACGGCCCUGCUUGCUCUUUUGACGGCUGCGGAAGCUCAUUACACCUUCCCGGCUCUGAUAGCGAACAACGCGGCGACUAACAAGUGGGAGUAUGUGAGAAAGACGACGAAUUACCAGAGUAAUGGACCAGUCACCGACGUGAACUCCGAACAAUUCCGCUGCUACCAGCUUGCGCCGGGCAACGAGGGCGCCAAAACCAUGACCGUCGCCGCCGGCUCGACCGUCGGCUUCGCCGCAGACGCAUCCGUCUCGCACCCGGGGACCCUGCAAUUCUACAUGGCGAAAGUGCCGGCCGGCAGCACCGCCGACGCGUGGGACGGGUCCGGCGCCGUGUGGUUCAAGAUCUUCUCGCAGGGCCCCAACAUCGCGCCCAGCGGCCUCACGUGGCCGAGCCAGGGGGCCAAGCAGGUCACGACGAAGAUCCCGGAGUGCAUCCCCGCCGGCGACUACCUGUUGAGGGUGGAGCACAUAGCGCUCCACUCCGCGGGCUCAGCUGGGGGUGCGCAGACGUAUAUUUCGUGCGCGCAGCUCACGGUCACGGGGGGAGGCAAUAAGACGCCCACGAACCUGGUCUCUUUCCCGGGCGCGUACAAGGCGACGGACCCUGGGCUGCUGAUUAACAUCUACUAUCCGGUUCCUACGUCUUACACUGCUCCAGGGCCGGCCGUUUUCACUUGCUAG